AUGAGAACCGCAAGAAGUCCUUUGGUCUCAUUGGCAAGAUUUGUGCGGAAACGUGCCGGACCGUCGGGAAUUUUGGACGAAGGCGCCACCUAUUCCGAUUUUCAUCAUGUUGCCACGGGGGUUAAUCCUGAUUUGCCGUACAAAGAAAAGGAUAUACGCAUGGGGCUUGAGCUGAACGCUACGGACGUCAACAAACAUAAGGACCCAAAGCGAAAGCUACGAAAGUUGACUGGAACCAUCAAUUUCGACCAUAUCCCGCGGCAAGAACAAUGCGUGUUGCUGUUUCCGGGCCAAGGCGCGCAAUUUGUCGGCAUGGGAAAGAAGGUUUUGGAUUGCAAGGAAGCGAAACAACGGUUCGAGGAAGCUUCUGCCAUUCUCGGAUAUGACCUGGAAAAAUUGUGCCUGGAAGGGCCAGAGACAAAACUAUGUCAAACCGUCUAUUGCCAGCCAGCCGUAUUUGUGUCCUCGAUAGCAGCCCUUGAAAAACUUAGACUGGAAGACGAAGGUGUCGCUACGAAAACAACGGAUGUGGCCGGAUUUAGUGUUGGGGAAUAUUCUGCUUUGGUGGCAGGCGGAGCAUUGUCGUUUGAAGAUGCGCUGCGAGUAUUGAAAAGACGUGCCGAAGCCAUGCAUAAUUGCAAUCAAUUGACGUCCGCUGGCAUGAUAACAGUCAGGGUCAACGCAUCUAGCCGUCUUGACGCUGCUAUCAAGGCCGCUAGAGAAUUCGCCGCAGAGAGAAAAGAAAUCGGCAUCUGCGACGUUGCCAACUAUCUCUUUUGCGGUGUCAAGGUCGUGAAAAGACUGGCCGUCUCUGGGGCCUUUCACACGCUUCUAAUGGCCGAUGCAGUUCCGGAGGUUCUCGAUGAGUUGAAGAAGGUGGAGUUACGCCCACCCGUCUGCAACGUCUACAGCAACAUGUCGGGCGCCGUUUUCCCGACGAAAUCGAGAGAAAUGCGACAUAUGAUUGCCCGUCAACUGGUCUCGCCCGUAUUAUGGGAACAGAUUCAGCAACUUUUGUAUCGUAGAAAACAGGACGACAUCUUUCCGCGCUACAUCGAGGUCGGGCCCGGGAAGCAGCUCGGCGCGAUGUGGGCUCAGACCAGCAAGAAGGGAUACAAAACCUACGAGUCGUACUCAUGC